GGCGGGAGAUUUAGUGUGCUAGAGCCAGGUUUCCCAUCCCCCCAGCCGGUCCCUGGGGUUCUCCUGUAGGAUGUUCGGGCGACGUUUCUAAGGAUCUGUCGGGGUAGGAGCUGCAGUUCCGACGGCGACCCCCUAAAGGAGGCCGGGGGAGGUCGGGGCAGCGGCUGGCGGUGAGCGGGAGGCGGCGGUGCGGCUCGCCUCGCCUGUGUUGCGGGCUGUGAGGAUUCUCCACUCAAGUUUGCCAGCUGCAGAAUGCAAAGCACCUUGAAAGGUUGGCAAUCAUGAGCACACUGGAGCUAAAGGAAGAGAAGAUGCUGGAGGUCCGGUUUGUGGGAGAUGAUGAUGUUCUUAACCACAUUCUGGACAGAGAAGGAGGAGCUAAGAUGAAAAAGGAGAGACCCCAGCUUUUAGUCAACACAAAGAAGAUAAUCAAGAAAUCAGAAUGUGAUGUGGAAGAAGAUGAGAAGGAAGUCCUAAAAGAUCAGAACUAUGUGGACAUUUUAGGACAAGAUGUUCAAGAAUCUUUGAAAAAUGGCUGUGCUGUAGACGGUGGGAGUAAAGUGUACACAUUUCAGAACAGAAAGCACUCUGAGAAGAUGGCUAAACUAGCUUCUGAACUAGCAAAAACACCGAGGAAAAAUGCUUCGUUCAAUGUGAAGAGUGAUCCUGAAUUGAUGACAAACGUUCCUCAAAGUAGCAAGGGGCAGUCUGCUUCAGAAGAAGUCCAGUCAAAGAACAAUGACAGAAAUGAACUUACGUCAACAGUACCUUAUGGUUUAAGGAAAAGAUUAAUAGUUGCCAGAUCUCAUACUGACAGUGAAAGUGAAUAUUCUGCUUCCGACUCAGAGGAUGAUGAUGGGGGGACAGAGGAACAUGACGAGGACGUCAGGGAAGUCACACUGGGCCCAAAGAGUCAGACUCAGAACAGAGUGGCCUCAGCUCCCAUUUCCAAAGGAGUACCUUGUAAGAAAAUGAAAAGAGAUAAAACAAAUGACUUGGUAGAAGAAUAUUUUGAAGCUCAUAGCAGUUCAAAAGUUUUAACCUCUGAUAGAACACUACAGAAACUAAAGAGAGCUAAACUGGAUCAGGAAACUUUACGUAACUUACUGAGCAAGGUUUCUCCUUCCUUUUCUUCUGAACUUAAACAACUAAAUCAACAAUAUGAACAAUUAUUUCAUAAAUGGAUGCUACAGUUACACCUGGGGUUCAACAUCGUGCUAUAUGGUUUGGGUUCUAAGAGAGACUUACUAGAAAAGUUUCGAACCACUAUGCUGCAAGAUUCCAUCCACAUUGUCAUCAAUGGCUUCUUUCCUGGAAUUAGUGUGAAAUCAAUCCUGAAUUCUAUAACAGAAGAAGUAUUCAAUCAUGUGGGUACUUUCCGCAGUUUACUGGAUCAGCUAGACUGGAUUAUAAAGAAAUUGAAAGAAGAUUCUACCUUAGAACUCUUUCUUCUCAUCCACAAUUUGGAUAGCCAAAUGUUGAGAGGGGACAGAAGCCAGCAAAUUAUUGGACACUUGUCAUCUUUACCAAACCUCUACCUUAUAGCAACUAUUGAUCACCUCAACGCUCCUCUCAUGUGGGAUCAUGCAAAGCAGAGUCUUUAUAACUGGCUCUGGUAUGAAACGACCACCUAUAACCCAUACACUGAAGAGACCUCCUAUGAAAACUCUCUUCUGGUGAGACAGUCCGGAUCGCUACCACUCAGUUCCCUCAUUCAUGUCUUACGAAGCCUUACCCCUAAUGCCAGGGGGAUUUUCAAGCUGCUGAUAAAGUACCAGCUGGAUAACCAGGAUAACCCUUCUUACACAGGACUUUCUUUUCAAGACUUUUACCAGCAGUGUCGGGAGGCAUUCCUUGUCAAUAGUGAUUUGACACUUCGGGCCCAGUUAACUGAAUUUAGGGACCACAAGCUUAUAAAAACAAAGAAGGGGACUGACGGUGUUGAGUGUUUAUUAAUCCCUGUUGACAGUGGAACAUUGACUGAGUUCCUGGAAAAGGAAGAAGAGUCUUGAAGCAGUUCUUCAUUCUUGAAUCUUCUGUGGAAGGGUUGUUGUACCCAGCUGCCACUCCUUGAAAGUGUCACGUUUACAUCCAACAUCAGAUUGUUUUUCCUUUGAGAAAGAUUUUACUAUCAGGAGGUUCCGGAAAUGUCACCGAUCCGCACCGUGGUUGGCCCAGCUGGUGUACCAUCCUGGUACUAUGCAGUGGUCCUCGCACUGGAGGAAUGUGCCUUUCAGUCAUUACCUCUCCAGAGACUUGCUGGGGUGGGCGUUGUGCUCAGGGAUUACCUGGAACUGGAUGGUCUUGAUUUGUGUUUUUUUUUUAAACUAGAGGUGAUUUUACUCAUUUUCUAGGGCCUUUUAGCACUCUUGCAACAGACUGUCUGCAAAUGUGACUGAUCACAGAGUAUGAAAGUAUACUCACAUUGGCCCUGCGCAGAUUGCUGUCUAUGUGUCCAAAAUGGUGAGUGUAUUGGAGAAGGCAGUUGGCCUCUUCCUGUUUGGGAAAUGACUUAACAAAACACAGAGACAGGACAGCAGCUGAUGGAGCCGUCUUCUCUUAGAGGAAAGGGCAAGGCACUACUCAGUAGGAAUAAGUGGAGAGAACACAGCAAAUUCACAGAAUGUAGACCGAGCCUAGAAAGCACAUGAAACACUAGAUUGGGGCACACAGAGUUCACGUCUGUGCAGUCACCUUCACAAUGUGAGUGAGAAGCCAGGAUAGAGAAAUACAGCCCUAAAUUAACACUUGAGUCAUUAUUUUCAAAGCAACAGAAAAUAAAAAUUUAUUCUUGUACAUUGUCCUAUUUUUCUCAAGUAGUGCAUUAAUGGCUGGCAUUAAAUUGGUGUUAAUUUCUCUGUUAUGUAGACCUAACAAAGUCACUUUUCAGAUAUUUUUGGGUUUUUCUUCAAGUGACAAUUUCAAGCCUCCUGAACGCUUAAAGGAGACUUUCUUCUUACAAAAGAAAGAAAAGAGGAAAAAAAAUAAUUAAAAAAAUCUUAGCCACUGUAGUCAGCUUACUGCUACCACAUACUCCCUGAAAUAUUCCAUACUUAGAAAUGAGAUUCCUUGUUAAGGUUUCACUAAUGUGUACAGCAUCACCAUUUUCCACUCAUUUCACGCCUUGUACACCUUUUUCAUAAAAAGCCCCAAAUGGGGGCCAGGCGGUGGUGCAGCAGGUGAAGCACAAGGACCCACGCAAGGAUCCUGGUUCGAGCCCCCAGCUUCCCACCUACAGGAGGGUUCCUUUGCAAGCGGUGAAGCAGCUCUUCAGGUGUCUUUCUCUCCCCCUCUCUAUCUUCCCCUCCUGUCUCAGUUUCUCUCUGUCCUAUCUAAUAAAAUGGCCACCAGGAGCAGUGGAUUCAUAGUGUAGGCACCAAGCCCCAGCAAUAAAAAUAAAGGCAAAAAAAAAAUUAAAGAUAAAAAAUUCCAAACUACACAAGUUUAAUAAUCAUUUAUUUGUGACAUAGAACUAUAUAUCAAAUCCAUGUUUUAAAGGUUUGUGUGUGUGUGUGUAUAUAUAUAUACAUAUAUGGUCUUCAAUAUAAUUACUUAACAAUAUUGCAACAAAUUUGGUCGUGAAAGUGAUUCUAAAAAUGUUUUUAAUUGCACCAAAGGAAGUUCCACGCAAAGUGAGUUUCCUUCUCAAAUCCAGUUUCUUGGGUAGCCAUUGAUAGUGGUUUAAGUAUUCUUUCAAGAGGUAUAUAUGUCAUGCAAGGAUAUUUGUAUAUAUUUCUCCUUUACCGAGCACAAAUGGUAACACAUGAUACUUGCUUUUAUUUUCCUUUUUCUUACUCCAGUUUAUAGUAGCUUACUGAAAAGAAUAUCAAAAUCUUUAAUGGCCUAAUGUAAAUUUUGCAUUUGCUUAAAUAACUACUGGUUUAUUUUUAUAUUUCUGUGUCUAUACUAUUUUCAAGCAGGAUGUAUCAGUCUUUGCUCUUAAUAAAUGAAAAUUCAAUUUGAAUAAAA